AUUUAUCCUUUUGGCUUUCAAAUGGAGCUUUCUUGGGUUUCUCGAUUCUUCUUUUUCUUUUUGGUUUGACUACUUUUUUUAUUUCUUUUUGUUUUCUUUCUUUUUUUCUUUCUUUUUGCUUUUUCAUUUUCUUCCUUUUGAGAAAUACUUCUUUGAUCUUGUGACCCAAUCACACCGGUUGUCUAUGAUGGUCAUUAAUCCUUCUUCUUCCAACUCUGUUCCGAUCCUUGCUUCCGUUGGUUCUUGCAUUUUCUUUCUUCUUCUUUGCCAUUUUUAUGUUUUGACGGAGGGGAAUCCUUCAAAAUCUGUUGUUAUGGCUCCAAUUGCUCGGGAUAUUACCGAGAUGGGGGUGGAUCCAUUGUCAGAGGAUGCUUUACGUCAUGUAGAGAGGAAUCCCAUGACCCUUCCUUUUCCAAUGGAGAACGCUGCAUCCAAGAACAACACCACCUUCAUUGCCUCAAUCCUUUUAUCUCCAUCUCAUCCAAACCCUCCCCCAAUUCCAACUGCCGAGAUCGUGAAAGGAGGCGAGAUAGGGAAUGCUGCUCGGAAUGCUACAAUUGCCAACAUGAUGAGGAAGCCAAGGAGCGUGAGUGUGCGUGGUUGGAGAAAUUGGCGGAUCAAGAUCGUGAGAAGGAGUUGAAGGUUUAUGAUGUUGGUUCUCAUUAUCCAUCUGUUUUUUGCAACUCAUUGGUACUUUGGAUUCCCCCUGCUUGCAUGCUAAGGUUGAUCUUAUUUAGAUACGAGGGAAGAGCAAAGGUAUGAUAAACCUGUGUUAUCAGUUUAAGAAUGCUAUGAUUUAUUAAAAAAGAAGAAAGAACUUAUCUCUUUUGUUGCUUUUGUCUUGAAUCGUCCAAUUCUGCUUAUCAGCAAUUGAAUGAGCUAGCUUCAAAGAUUUUGCUUUAAAAAGUUCUAUUUCUAACUUGAGUUUUGGUUUGAAAUUUGCAUUAACCUCUAUAGCGCAUCUUGCAUAGCUUUUGUCAGGGUAUUUAUGUACAGCCAAAGCUUGCUCGCCGCCUUUUGCUUGGGUGUUUAUGUACACCCAAACUUACUUAUAGCUUUCAUUUGCCUGUGUAUCUUUUGCUUGGGUAUUUUAUGUACACCCAAACUUGCUCGCAGCUUUUUGCUUGUCUGUGUAACUUUUGCUUGGGUAUUUUAUGUACACCUAAACUUGCUCAUAACUUUUUGCUUGUUUGUGUAACUUCUGCUUGGCUUUUUGCUUGUUUGUGUAACUUCUGCUUGGGUAUUUAAUGUACACCCAAACUUGCUCACAGCUUUUUGCUUGUCUGUGUAACUUCUGCUUGGGUAUUUAAUGUACACCCAAACUUGCUCACAGCUUUUUGCUUGUGUAACUUCUACUUGGGUAUUUAAUGUACACCCAAACUUGCUCACAGCUUUUUGCUUGUGUAACUUCUACUUGGGUAUUUAAUGUACACCCAAACUUGCUCACAACUUUUGCUUGCAUAACUUUUGCUUGGAUAUUUAUGUACAUCCAAACUUGCUUGCAGCUUUGGCUUUUUGCUUGGGUAUUUAUGUACACCCAAACUUGCUCACAGCUUUUGCUUGCGUAACUUUUGCUUGGAUAUUUACGUAUAUCCAAACUUGCUCGCAGCUUUUUGCUUGUCUGUGUAACUUCUACUUGGGUAUUUUAUGUACACCCAAACUUGCUCAUAGCUUUUUGCUUGUCUGUGUAACUUUUGCUUGGCUUCUGCUUGUGUAACUUCUGCUUGGGUAUUUAAUGUACACCCAAACUUGCUCACAGCUUUUGCUUACGUAACUUUUGCUUGGAUAUUUAUGUACAUCCAAACUUGCUCGCAGCUUUUGCUUUUUGCUUGGGUAUUUAUGUACACUCAAACUUGCUCACAGCUUUUGCUUGCGUAACUUUUGCUUGGAUAUUUAUGUACAUCCAAACUUGCUCGCAACUUUUGCUCUUGCAUUGGAUUUUGCUU